UGUGAGCAUGAUGAUUCUUUUCCCAGUUCUGUCCAAACUCGAUUCUAGCAUAUGAGUGACAUGAUCAUUGAAAAAGUCUGUACGAAAACUUUGAAACUGUAUUGUUUAAUGUGCUUCCUUUACAUCGUAAGGAUCCGUCUAUCAGCACUGUGCCUUUUACUUUUACUUUAGUAUUCACAUAGACUCAUGUACAGGCAAGUCUUCUCAUUCCAGUGAACUCUAUCCAGAAUUUACCAGCCUUAUCGUCCAUGGAAAUCACAUUAUGGCUCGAAUAAUUCCAUCUUCCUUUUCGUAGAGAAGGAAGCAGGCCUGAGAGAAGAUGGUGGAGAGGGGGAUGGGACCUCUACAAUGGAGAUAAAGUGAGAUAAUAACACUAAAAGACGAAUGAGCCCAUGUGAUGGCACGGUUCACAGAUGGUACAGAUAGACUACAGAGACCUACGUUACCCCAUCACUACUGCCUGCAGGCCUUGCUUGCCUGCAUUUAUGCAAACCAGUGACAGAAGGAAAAGGGGGCCGUUAACUACCGGUAUGUCUGCGGACGCUCUUGGGCUGUCUCCGAGGCGUUUAGCCAGACUGCCCGAAACUGCAGACUCCGCUCCGGGGCAGCGCAAGCCGAGUGCUGUGGAGCGCCUCGAGGCUGACAAGGCGAAAUAUGUUAAGAGCCAGCAAGUGGCACUCAACAAGCAGCUGCCAAUCAUCCGGAAGCCCUUAAUGCCCUCCGGCAACAGCGGGGAGCUUCGGCCAGGUGCACCACAACCGAUGCGCAAACCAGUUGCUCGUACCACAUCGAAACCCGAUGCCCCGCCUCUUAACCUGGAACACCUGAAUAGCCUGAUUAAUGGAGUAUGUGAUCCAUUUGCCCCAACGAAUAGUUUGCAAAUGAAAAACCUUGAAAAAAGGCCAGGUUCCUCUGCAGGCAGUGGGUCUCCAAUUUCCUCGACGGCUUUAAAUGCGGUUAAGGAGUCUCUUUUUAAAUCCGGUUCAUCACCAACACCCCUUAAGAAAACAUCAGGAGAUGGCUUAGCUGCUAACGGGUCUUCUGCGUAUGCCGUAACUGUACGGCGAGUUGAUGUGAAGCCUCAGUUAGGGACACCGCAGAUGAGAAAGCCAUGCCGCGCGCAGCUACCUGGGCAGCGCGUCCACUCGCAGCUUUUGCAGCUUCUCAGGCCGUACACACAAACUUCCGCUCCACCGCAGCCUCUUCAGCCGAUCAAAAGCCGGCAUGACAUCAUGAACCUGUCCAGUCCUGUGAAGUCCCAUGUAAGCCCGGUUCAGUCUUCGCCUUCAUUCCCUACCGAACCCCUUUCUCCUGCCUUAACUUCUCCUGAUAAAUCCCCGAAAGAACAAACAGAACAAACAUCUCCCAUUUUAGCCCAAGGGCCCAUCCCACCUCCGUCUCCUGCGGUCACCAACAAGUCCUCAGUUUGCUCCAGGAAACGACGGUCACUUACACGUUCCAAAUCGGAUGUGAGUGACCGUUUCUCCCGCGCUGGUGCCGAAGUCGAGCGUUUCUUUAACUACUGUGGCCUUGAACCAUCAGACUUUGGCGAGCUGACACCCGGGUCGGACAUUGCAUCCAUUUCACGUCUGCGCAGCGCUAGCGCUCCUGCAUCGGAGUGCACUGCCGAAGGGGGGGAGGGUGAAGAUGAGGAAGAAGCAGCCAAUGAUGAGAAGCCCAGCUGUGGUGUUUCAGUCAUAGAAAAAAACGCACGCGUGAUCAAGUGGCUGUAUGGAAUGCGCCAAGCCAAGGACAGCACAAAAGUGGCUAAUAUUUAGCAUUGACCUUCUAGUUAAAGUGUGUGCGUAUGUGUAUGAGUAUUUUUUUAUAGAUUAUUCCCAUUAAUAUGAGAACUUUAAAGCUCCUUUAAUGUAUAAACACCAAAAAGUAUAUCUUUCUGGCAUUCACUUUGAUGUUAACCGAGUUGGGAUUAGUGUGGCUUGUUCUGCUCAGUAACACUCAGUCCAUGUCAGAUCUGUAUUACAAAUAGUUUGUUCUUUUAAACUGAGUAUUUUAUACCCAGAUGAUUUAUCCAUGUUGACUGACGGAUUGUCAUGAUUAAAAUAAAUAAAAUGAAUUAUUGUGA